CUGGCCUCAGUAAAUGAAUACUAAAAUGAUUUUUAUCGAGUUCAGCCAUGUGCCAGGCACCGUGCCGAGCACCUCACCGUUGUCAUCUCAUUUAAUCUCCUAAGUAGCCCCUGAAGCACGUGGAUGAGGAAAUCAAAGCUCAAGGUCACAACGAACACAGGCCCUAUUCUAGGCGCCGUCCCCACAGAGACCACCCUCCCCCCUCAAGCCGGGUCGAGCAGUUCCCAAGGUGGCCGCGCAGGAAGGGAACCCAGGCUGCUUGCUGUGCAGACUGUCCCCUCAGCCACCACCGGGGCCCCGGCCGCCUCUCUCACCGGAGGAGGGGCUGGGCUGAGGGGGCCUGCGCCAGCGCGCUCGUCCUUCUGGUCCCUCUUUGUCCCACUGCAGGGACCCAGCUCCCGAGGGCCUAGUGUCCUCAGGGAGGACCUGGCCAAACUCCAAGUCAAAACGCAGGUUCUGGAUCCAGGAUUCGUUCAAACCACGGGUGACUCCCAGGAACGCAGGAGAAAGCAUCUCGGUGCUGGUUCAGGAGAGAGGCGACCGGGCUUAGGCAGCGGGGCCAGGGCAGGAGCCCCAGCAGGUGACACUCCCGAGAGCCUCGGCGCCUGCUGCGGACUCGAGACAGAAGCCUCGGGGUGCGGACACCGUCAGCGAAGCCGGGCAACCAAGCUGGGACACUCUGGUCAGCAACUGCACACAGCAAGCCCGCCCCUGCCCCACCGCCUGUGGGGCUCCACGCCAGGCAAAGGGGCCCCAGGAAGAGCCACGGGGAGGGGACAGGCACCGAGGAUGGAGCUGGAGCGAGAGCGGCUCAUGAGGCCACAAGCCGGUGCGUGCCAACAUUGGCAACACCAUUCUAGAAACCCACAGCCCCCUGCAGGGGCUCAGAACCAAGUGACCGCAGAGGCUGCAGCCCUGGACCGUUCUCUGUGAGAGCCAACAUCCUCCAGGCAGCGGGGAGCUCUGCACAGCAGAGGAACGUGGACUCGGGGAGACCCCUUCCCCAGGAGCCCACGUGAACAGGGCCAAAUACACAUCUGCUCACCCAGUUCCACCAUUGCCAGCCGUGGCACUCCAGCACACAGAUCCCGGUCCCAUGCACUCUGACCCACAGGGGCACCUUCACUUUAGAAGCUUCUCCUUUCCCGUCUGGGACGCAGGAGCAAAAAACCCUUGACAUCUUCGAGAAUACAAACAUACACAAAGUGUGUCUGGAACAUCUUGCUUUGUUCUAGACACGCCGUCUUCCUUCCAUCCCUCAAACAGGGCAAGCCCGGUCCCACCUAAGCCCGGCUGUGCUUCUGGAGUCACCCUGCUCUGAGUUAAGACGCCCCUCCUGGGGGGUCUCCCCCAGCCAUCCUAUCUAAAGCAGCCCUCCGUCCACACACAUAGCUUCCUCCUUCCACCCCGGACAUUUAUCCCCUGAAACUAUCUUGUUUACCAUGUAUUCUGUCUCUACCUCUGACCCCUGAACAGACGUACCUGGUACAACAAGUCCUGUUGGUCUUGCCCCCUGCUGUACCUCCAGGCCCGAAACCCGUGCCUGGAGGUCAAUAAAUCUUUACUGGAUGAAUGCAAGAGUGAACACUUGAAUGAAUGAAAGCUCUUUCAAAUAUAA